AUGUCUUCUUUACUCCUAUAUCACACCUUUCGUCAAACCAGAGGUAUCCAUACAACCCCAUCCCCAGAAAUCAUCCGUUCAAGAGGUAGAAUCCGUCCUACCAAACCUAAGAUUCCCAAAACUACUUUAUCAUCUCAACCUUCUCCUUCUAAUACUUCUAUCCCACCCAUCUCUACUUCUUUCACCGAACACAACCUUAAGUCUCAUGUUGUCGUCGCUCCUAUCGUUCAAUCAGAAAAGAUGACAUAUCUAUCUCGUCGGAAAUUUCGACUUUCCAAUCCACCAACACCUCGUCAUAUCCAUCCAGGUCAACUAAGAUAUGAGAAAGAAAUUCGGAAUCAAUCAUCAACUAACAGAAACUCCAAGUAUACCCCAAACACGGCUUUGAAUUUGGAAAUGGCAAUGGACAAGGAAAUGGAUAACAGAAGAAAUAUAGUAUCAACCUAUCUUACGAAGAAAAUAAAGACAAUAAUAUCUCUUACUCCUCCUCAUAUGCCUUUACCUCUUCCUCUUUAUUCAUAUCCAUCUCUUCUUUCAUCAAACUUUCAUCCAGAUGAAUUAUCCAAUGUACAUCUUCCACUUUCUACUUCUCACAAUCGUCUUUUGGAUGGAGAAACAUGGUCUCACACUCAAAUGGCUGUUGGAGAGGCUUGGUCAAAACUUACCAAAUGGGAUGAUAUGGAAGAUUCUAUUCUUUUAGAUCAUUUACGAGUCCGAACUGUUUUCAACAAAUUUGAACAUUUAGCUCCUGUACAACCUACCUUUCCUACACUCUCUUCUAUUCAACCUUCCUCUUCCUCAAUACAAAACACGCAGGUUGGAAAAAGUGAUAAUGAAGGUCGUCAGCAAGAGAAAGAGUUUAGGUCUUCACUGAAUACUCGUAAUUUAGAGGAUAUCGAGGAAGAAGAUUUGUCAUUAUCAUCAUCACAAACGCAUAAUUCAAGCAAGGAAAAUAAUUAUGAUUCUGGAUACUCGUCAAUCGGGUACAAUCAUCAUGACCAAGGAGAUAAUUUAUCACGAACGUUGAAUGAAGCAGGUAUAAAAACGACUUUGUCUCGUCAAGUAACUUGGGAAAAUGUCUUACAUCAUUUAGGUGAUCAAACUUUUUUACAAAACCAAAAUCUCACACAAAUGAAUUCAAAUGAAAUCAUGAAGAACGGGAACUUGAGUCAAAGUCAAAAUCAACAAGCAGUCCAAACAGCUGUAAAUGGUCUUUCGGAACUUCUUGAGAGAUUACAUAACGAAGAUAUGAUACAAUUGGAUAGUGUGAGGAGAAAAAGGAAGAAGAAAAUGUCUAAACAUAAGUAUAAAAAGAGGAGAAAGGGGAGGUGGAUGUGCGACAAGGGCCACGAGACGUAG